GGUCUGAACCGGAAGUCAGCUGUUCCUUUACUUUCGCUUUACAGGAUAAAAAUCCCCCCUCGUCGGUCAUGAAAGUUGAGGUUCCUUUUAGAAGAUUUGCAAUCUUAACUUUCCCGAAACGGGUUUUCUGUGAUUAUACACCACGUAGUCCUCCACGUAGUCCUCUUCCGGGACUCUGGGUAUUUCCCCAAAAGCGUUGUCACUUGCAGUUUGCCGUUUCCAUUCCAACCAUCUUACUGAAGCUGUGAGUCGUCGUGAAGUUGCUUCUAUCAACAAAACAGCAUGUCUCCGUUUGAAGAAUAUGACCUUAGGAUCAACGCUAUCGCGGAGGAUCUGACCAUUGGGGAACGUAAACAGGCAAUUUACCUUUGUGAGAGCUUGAUCACGGACAGCAGCGUGGCUUGCGUCAGGGAGACUUUAAGAGUCAAAGUAAACUUUCACGCAGACCCUCCCCUGUUUAUAAUGUCCAUCCUCAGGCAGCUAGGACGGUACGACAUUCUAAAACGAGUCUAUAAAGUGGGCAGAAACGAGAUAGAAAAGAAGAUUCAGACAUAUAGACAAGUUCUCCCAAGAUUCAGAGUGCUGAUGGUUACUAUAAGCGACAAUCUCCAAAUGGAGGAUGUGGAGCAAAUAAAAUUUUUAUUAGGCAGGACUUUAUCCCAUGAAAAAACAGAAAAUAUCAAGACCUUCUUGGAAGUGAUGAUUGAACUGGAGAAGCUGGAUUCAGUGUCACCCGAAAGAGUGGAGCUUGUUGAGGACUGUUUACGAAAUAUUGGUCGGCUUGAUCUGGCCAAAAUAGUGGCUGCUUACAAGAUGUCAGGUGCAACAUCUGAACACUCAUGGCCUCCACAACACAGUGGUCAAGCUGCUAGUCAACCAGACCAGUACAACUUAAGGGCCGAUCAAAGAGGAGUCUGUGUUAUUAUUGACUGUGUAGGUAAUGAUGGAGGAAUGUUAGAAAACACGUUUAAGGCUCUCCACUUCAACGUUCUCUACCACAGCAUGCUGGGUGCUAAUGAGAUUUUCGAAACACUUAAAGAAGUCUCUAAACACAGACAGAGUCGCAACGAGGAUGCUUUUGUCUGCUGCAUCAUUAGCCGCAGCUUAGAUGACAAUAUUCUGGGUACGGACUCGUAUGGUAGAGGUCUUCCUGUCAAAAACAUCAGAGAUCUCUUUUUGGGUGCCACUUGUCCUAAGAUGGUCGGCAAGCCAAAACUUUUUUUCAUCCAGAGCUACGUGGUUCCUGAGUCUGAUCAUUUGGAGCAAGACGACUGCGACAGCUUACCCAUGAGAGAAAACCUCCCCACAGAUGCAGACAUACUCUGGAGUCACUGCCGGACAGAUGAAAGCCAGCUGCUACAAGAGCAGCAUCACUCUGUUUACCUAAAAGCACUGACUGAUGCCUUAAGCAAAGCCAAGAGGGAAACGGAUCUGCUUGAUGUUCAAAUGAAGGUGAAUGGAGCCAUUUAUGACCAUAACCAAAAACAUCCUGAAGCAAAUUACCAUUGUGAUGUAAAACACACUUUGAGAAAAAGUCUUUAUCUAGAAUAGAAAAGUGACAGAUACAUUCACUGUCACUAAGCACCUAAAACUGUGGCACUGAUCUCACUACAUGCCUUAUGAAGAACAUGUUUUCUGUGUGUAUACUGACCCCUAGUGGUUUAAAUGAAAGAAGACAC